CACCUAGGAGCCUCCGCCCCUUGGGACGGACCUGACCCGAAGCCGAGGCAAUGGCUCUCAGGACUAAGCUGGAGAUCUUGGAGGGAGAGAGGAUGGCAUCGUGGAGCCCUGACACCCCAUGUUCCUGCGACUGCUUUGUCUCAGUGCCCCCAGCCUCAGCCAUUCCCGCCGUGAUCUUUGCCAAGAACUCGGACCGACCCCGGGAUGAGGUGCAGGAGGUGGUGUUUGUCCCAGCAGGCACUCACGCCCCAGGGAGCCGGCUCCAGUGCACCUACAUCGAGGUGGAACAGGUGCCAAAGACCCAUGCUGUGAUCCUGAGCCGCCCUUCUUGGCUGUGGGGGGCUGAGAUGGGCGCCAAUGAGCAUGGCGUCUGCAUUGGCAAUGAGGCGGUGUGGACCAAGGAGCCAGUUGGCGAGGGGGAAGCCCUGCUGGGCAUGGAUCUGCUCAGGCUGGCUUUGGAACGGGGCAGCUCAGCCCAGGAGGCCCUGCACGUGAUCACAGGCUUGCUGGAGCGCUACGGGCAGGGGGGCAGCUGCCGGGAGGACCCCACGCCCUUCUGCUACCAUAACACCUUUCUGCUGGCCGACCGGACUGAGGCCUGGGUGCUGGAGACGGCGGGGAGGCUAUGGGCGGCGCAGAGGAUCCCGGCGGGGGCCCGCAACAUCUCCAACCAGCUGAGCAUCGGCACCGACCUCUCGGCAGAACACCCCGAGCUGCGGCCCCACGCCCGGGCCCAGGGCUGGUGGGAUGGGCAGGGCGCCUUUGACUUUGCCCAGGCCUUCUCCCUGACCCAGCAGCCUGUGCGCAUGGAGGCAGCCAAGGCCCGCUUCCAGGCGGGGCGGUUGCUGCUGCAGCAGAAGCAAGGGGCCAUCACGGCAGAGGUGAUGAUGGGCAUCCUCAGGGACAAGGCGAGUGGCAUCUGUAUGGACUCCGGAGGCUUCCGCACCACGGCCAGCAUGGUGUCCCUCCUGCCCCGGGAUCCCACCCAGCCCUGUGUCCACUUCCUCACCGCCACACCAGACCCAGCCCGGUCAGUGUUCAAACCUUUCAUCUUCGGCGUGGGGGCGGCCCAGGCCCCCCUGGUGCUGUCCCCCACGUUUGGCGCACAGGACCCUGUUCAGACCCUGCCCCGAUUCCAGACUCAGGUGGAUCGCCGGCACACCCUCUACUGCAGACACCAGGUGGCGCUGGGGCUGAUGGAGAGCGAGCAGGUAACCCCCAGGGAAUGGGGGCUCCCCUGGGGGCACUGCUCCCCUCCCCUACCCCAAUCAGAUUCUGGGAAGGAUCGGGGCCAGCAGCUCAGGCAGAAGCAGCAGGAUCUGGAGCAGGAAGGCCUGGAAGCUGUGCGGGGGCUGCUGGCUGGGGAGUGGGCCCCAUGCCCCCAGGAGCUGGGCGGCCUCUUCCAGGCCUUUGUGGAGAAGGAGAGCCAAGCCUAUGCCUGAGCCAGGCUCCUCCCGGCCUGGGGCGGGGUGCAGCGGCCUGGGCUUGACACGGGUCCCCUGGGGCAGUGGGACAGAGCAAUCCCUUCACCCCCUCAGCCUUGUUCUGAGUGGCCAGGCUGGCCUUUGCCGUAAUAAAUGUGUUUUAUUUCCUC